AUGUCUUGGUAUACAAUUAAUUCAAACCGCGGCAAACCGCUAUUAGUUGUAGAUAAUUAUAUACAUAGGAUUGACCGAAAUAAUGGAAAUAAUGAAUAUUAUAAGUGUAUUGAUAACUGUGGAGGACGAGCAAUAUUAAGAUCGCAAACGACUGCAAUAAUAUCCAAAAUUCAUCAUCACCCGACGCAUGGAGCUGAAUUGGCACGACGUGGAUUUCGAGAAACUCUAAAGGAAAAAGUGGUUUCAAAUCCAACAAAAUCUGUGCCUCAGAAUUUCCACGAAGUGAGACGAUCCCUUGUUUCUUCAGGAAUAAAAGGUUGCACUACAUCAGAAGUAGAAGAUGCUGUUCCUGUAUAUACUAGUGUCAGAUCUUCAUCAUACAGAAAGCGAAUGAAAUUGGUACCAAAAUUACCUACAAAGUUAUCGGAACUUAUUCUUGAGAACGAAUGGAGAUCAACUAACGACAGAAAGGAUUUUUUAUUAGGUAAUUAUUUUUUCAUGACCAACUUGAGACCUUUUCUGGACCAUGGACCCCUUUUGAAGUAUAAAACAUAA